UUUGUCGAAUCAAACAUUGUUCCAAGAAUCGAAAUCAACUGUCAGCCGAACUUUACAAGAGAAACUUAACAAUGGAAUCUCUAAUAGUUUUGGAUUGAUAAAUUUAUAUCUACAAUGGAUAUUAUAAAAUGUUAAUACGUUUAAUAAUAUUUGCCAACCAGUGAAAAGUAACAUAUUAUCUUGCGCUUUCCACUUUAUUUUGAAAGUGUACAAAAUACCGGUAUAACCUCAAUUCAAGCCAGUUUUACGAUCAUUCUUCGCAAUAUAUGAAAAAAUCUCCAAUUAUGAGUUUGACUAACGAAAUCAAAGAAUUUUACUCAGCGAAUUUUGAAAUGUACACUAAUUUAUUAUGCGACCCUCAACAAUUAGUGUCAGAAAAUGCGUGGGUUCUUAUACAUUCAGCUCGCAGUACUACAGAUAUUCGGGGAGAAGUGCAAGACGAAUUCAAUCAACGGUUUGCAGCAAUGCAAUUGAAUACUAUGGAUAAGUAUUAUGGAGACACUCCUUUGAGUGCAACAAGUAUUGUUGAGAAUUGUCAUUAUGCUCUUUUUGAUUCCCAGUGGUUCAGAGUGAAAUGUAUCAAGUGUAAUUAUCAAACACGCAUAGCUGAAGUGUAUUUUAUUGAUAGAGGUGAUUUCGAUAGAUAUCCUUUCAACUAUUUGUUUAAUUUGUUCGACUUUUUUUAUCUGUUCCCACCUCGUGCUGUCAAGAUAUCAAUAAAAGAUUUAGAAGAUUAUGCAGAUUUACCAGAAGUGGCAGAUAUACUUUCAGAGCUAUUGGUUGAGCAAAAUGUGUUUAUUAAAAUUAAAAAUCUUUCAAUGCCACAUGAUGAUAUAUUUACUUUAGAAUCUGAUGUACAUAUAAUGAAACCAAAUGGAACCAUGUUAAAUGUAAUAAGUGUUUUGCUUGAUAGGAUUCAUGAGUCAAAUUUGAAUCCAAAUUACAUUAUUCGAACUUCUGAUAUAAUACAUUAUCAGGCAUUCAUCCCACAAUAUGCUUCAAUAUCUUGCGCGAAAGAAAAUGAGAUUUAUGUUCAACUGAAUUCACUAAGUUCAUGUUAUUUUAAUAAACUAAUAAAUUUAGCCAAAGAACUUCUAAAUACUGUAAAUGAUUUAAAAUCAAUUGACACCUUUGACAGAGCAGUAACUUAUAUUGUAAAGCAUCCAGUGUGUCAACAGAUAUAUAGAGUAAAAAUUAUUAAUAUUAAAAAUUAUGAUGAGGCUGAAGUUAUGUGCAUUGAUUUUGGUCAAACAUUUUGUGUUAAGAAAAAAGAUUUGAUAAUAUUGGAAGAUAUUUCGAAACCAUUGGCUUGGUAUCCAGAGCAGGCAGUACAAAUCAACUUGUAUCAAAUAAGUCCAGAAAUGUUUGAUACAACCAUGGCUAUGAAAUUGAUAGAUUUAGUUCCAGAAUCUCAGCAAGUUUUGUUAAAAGUGAUAGACAAUACUAAGGAAAUACCAGUUGUGACAUUAUUUAGGACAGGAGAAGAUGGUUUCAUGAAAUGUAUCAAUUCUGAAUUACUGGUGAAUUCUAUAAAAAACUCUUCAAGUAACAACUGAUUUUGUAUUCCUUGGAUGUUUUAUCAAAUUCAGUAAUAUUUUCUCAUGGACUAUAAGUAUAUUAAUAUUUAUAAAAUAUAUACAUAAAUGUUAGUGCAUUUUUUUGUAGUUGUUGC